ACUGCACAGCGGUGGCUGAAUUUCAACUCAGUACUGAACUCUAUUUCUCAGAGUCGUACACAAGUCGCCAACCGUCGCGCGAAACGUUCCGCGUUACUUUCCUCAAGGUUAUUCACGGUCGUCUUUCCCACUAUUCAACAUGCCAGGAGUAAGAGAUAUCAGCGCCGAUGCUUUCAUUACCGCAUAUGCUUCCCAUCUCAAGCGGUCGGGAAAGCUUGAAGUCCCAACAUGGGUCGACAUUGUUAAAACCGGGUCUUUCAAGGAGCUUGCACCUUACGACCCAGACUGGUACUACGUCCGUGCAGCUGCUGUUGCACGACACAUCUACCUCCGCAAAGACGUCGGUAUCGGUGCAUUGACAAAACUUCACGGUGGCCGCAACAGACGCGGCAACCGCCCAUCACACCACGCCGACUCCUCUGCCUCCGUCCAAAGAAAAGUCUGUCAAUCGCUGGAGAAGAUUGGUGUCUUGGAGCAGACCGACAAUGGUGGACGACGGAUAAGCCAAGACGGCCAGCGGGAUUUGGACCGUAUUGCAACAGCUGUCGUCGAGGCUGCAAAGGAGGAGGAGGAUGAAGAGGAGGAAGGUGAAGAGGAGGAAGAGGAGGAGGAAGAGGAGUAAACUGAUAUCCACCUCCACUUGCUAAUCCUGCAUUGUCGCUUGCUCUGCACGUGGUCACCAUGGAUAUUAUGACGAUACGGUAUGAUGCAUGCAUAUCUUUAAAAAUAUGGCACUUCACUGCUUUUUCCAUUAUCUGACGUUGUUUUUUUAAUUCCAUGGCCACUUGCAUCCAGUGAGUGCUGCUGUUUCACCAUUUUUGGGCUGUUAUACGUGAAUGGACGCUGAUAAGACCCAAUAUAUUUCACUGAGUGCAGAUUGAAGAGCGUUUUUAUUUUCUGUGCCGAAUUUCAGGUGAAAAUUUGGCACAUGACCACAUAACCACCACGACCAUGGCGAUCUACGUGUUUCCCCUGUCUUGCGAAGUUUAAGAACCACAAUCACAAUCACAAUUAUUUCCUACCAAGAAUUGACCACUA